AUGAAGUACUCCGCAGUUAUUUUGGCAUGCGUGCUGGCCGUCGCCGCUGCCGCAGAAUACAACAAUGGCCAGUACAUUCCUGAGAAGCAAAACAACAACAAGUACAACCAGUACAAGCCAUACCGUUACCAGCAGUACCAGAACAACCCCUACAAGCCCUACGUGAGCUCCACCCCCUACCCCAGCCAGUUCGUGAGCUCCACACCCUACCCCAGCCAGUUCGUGAGCUCCACCCCCGUGCCGGUGACCGCCGCUCCCGCUCGCUCCACUGUCUACUUCUCCUCCAGCACACCCAAGCCCGUGUUCAACAUCCCCGCAGUCCCUUCCCGCUCAGUGUCAAUCGGGGCCGCUAAACCCGCCGUCGUGUCAGCCUUCCCCUCCAGAUCUGCUCUCCCCGCUCGCGCUUCUCAGCCAACCUGGUCAUCUCGUGCUUCAUGGCCAUCUGCCAAGGCUGAAUUACCAGCUGCCCCAACACAGGCUUCUCUCUCCGCAUCUGUUUCCAAAUUCGAGGCCCCAGUAGUGUCCAUUGCCUCCGCUGCUCGCGUCGCUCCCGCCGUGCAAGUGGCUCCCGUAGCCCCAGUCGUCUCGGUUACCCCAGUGGCUCCCGUCGCUCAAUUCUACCCUACAGCCAAGACGGCCGUCCCCGCUGCCAGAUGGGCCGGUGACGCCGGUGCUGCCGAAACCCUGAAAUACAGCAACCAAAUCAACAACGACGGAGAUUUCCAAUACUCCUACGAGACCAACAACGGCAUCUACGCCCAGGAAUCAGGCUCCCACCGCUCCUUCUACAACGGCGAGGAACAGGUCUCCCCAGUAGUAGCUCAGGGAUCUUUCGGCUGGACGAGCCCUGAGGGCCAACAGAUCUCCAUGUCCUACGUCGCUGACGAGUUUGGAUACCGCCCAACUGGCCCACAAAUCCACCCUCAGCUCGCCCGCGCCCUGGAGUACUUGGCUUCAAGAAACCUUCAUGUAUCUCACUAAAUUAUGAAAUAAUU